CGGGUCAGCUGGAUGCCUUACCACUCGGAAGUGAUUUAAUAGCUGGGGAAAUACAAGCAAAAAUGAAAGUGUUCGUGGCGGCUGUUCUUUGCAUUCUGAUUGCCCACGAGGCCAGAGCCCAGUAUUCCAGAUGCCUGAACCCCAACCAAAGGCCGGGGCUUUGUGUGCACAUCAAUGAGUGUCAGACCCUGUACGCUGUGUUGCAGAAGGCCAGGUUAAGCGAUCUCGAGAAGAGUUUCAUCAAGAACUCGGCCUGUGGAAUGGGCGCGGAUAACCGACCCUUUGUCUGCUGCACUCAGGACACGGGCUAUGCGAGGAGUCAACGGAGGACCCCUUCCUUCCCCGACUACGACGGCUUUGGGGGAGACUGGGAGGAGGAGAGGCCGCAGAGCUUCGUUUUCCCCAGACAAGAAUCGCGUCCCUGGAGCUUUGGCAGCCAAAAUAACCAGCCUGCCAGGGAGAGAGUCUCCAUUCAGCAAACCUCCACCGGUGAUGGCUCCAGUCUACUGCCCCAGCCGCCCAGCUGCGGGGGCGUGGCCAUCAGGAACAGGAUCUACGAUGGCCAGGACACCGAUCUCAACGAGUUCCCCUGGAUGGUCCUGCUGGAGUACCGCCGCCGAACUGGAAAUGGCCUGUCCACCGCCUGCGCAGGAUCCCUCAUCAAUCAGAGAUACGUCCUCACGGCAGCCCAUUGUCUUACGGGAAGAAUCGAGAGGGAGGUCGGAUCACUUGCCUCGGUGAGAUUGGGCGAGCAUGACACACGCACGGCGGUGGAUUGCCCCCCGGGUGGAGGAAGUUGCUCGCCGGAGGUCCAGCGCCUGGGCUACGAGGAGAUCCGGGUCCACGAAAGGUACAGCGAGAAGGCCACCAACCAAGUGCACGACAUUGGCCUGAUCCGCCUGGAGCGCAAUGUGCGCUACUCGGACAACAUUCGCCCCAUCUGCCUGCCCUCGUCUGUGGGGGCAGAGACCCGUCAGCCGGGUGAGCAGUUCACCGUGGCCGGUUGGGGUCGCACCCUGAAGAUGGCCCGUAGUGCCGUCAAGCAGAAGGUCACCCUGAGCUAUGUGGACCCCGCCAAGUGUCGCCAGAGGUUCGCGCAGAUCAAGGUCGCCGUGGAACCCACGCAACUCUGUGCCGGCGGACAGUUCCGCCAGGACAGCUGCGAUGGCGACUCCGGCGGGCCUCUGAUGCGGUUCCGCGGCGACUCCUGGGUCCUGGAGGGCAUCGUCUCCUUUGGCUACAAGUGUGGCCUCAAGGACUGGCCCGGAGUCUACACGAAUGUGGCGGCCUACGACAUCUGGAUCCGGCAGAAUGUGCGGGCCUCCUUUGCCGCCGCUUCUUCUUGCCCAGUCGAUCGGCAGUAUUAUAUUGUAUCUGUGAUUCGAGACCAUAUGUGCCCCAUGCUCGGUUCGCUUCUUCGACUAUGGAUACUCCUCGGCUGCUUCUACCGCUUCCUGGCCCUCCAGGAGUGCGACAUCCCCAACGAAAGCAAACGGGGAGUUUGCCUGGAGGUCAGCCGGUGCAAGGCCUAUCUUCAGGUGCGCAACGCCACCAAUCUGCCGGCGGAGAAGGUGAAUUUCCUGAAGAAGGUGCAGUGCGAGGUGGAGCAGCAAGCCUCGGAGGCGGAGGGUUCCUAUGAGUCCCUCGUUUGCUGCCCGGCCAAUGGCCAGGAGUACCUCUUCCCCGUGCUGCAGUUCUCCAAAUUCGAGUACCGCAGAUUUCUGGAUGUCACCGCUCGCUUCAAGCGGAAGAAACUGAAGCGGAGAAUUCAAACCGUAGAGCCAAGCUCGGGAUUUAAUUUGCUGAACGAGUGCGGCAAGCAAGUUACCAACAGGAUCUACGGAGGCGAGAUCGCCGAACUCGACGAGUAUCCUUGGCUGGCCCUGCUCGUCUACAACUCAAAUGACUAUGGCUGCAGUGGAGCUCUAAUAGAUGAUCGGCAUGUGCUAACAGCCGCGCAUUGCGUUCAGGGCGAAGGAGUGCGCGAUCGCAGAGGAUUAAAGCACGUGCGAUUGGGCGAGUUCAAUGUGAAAACCGAACCCGACUGCAUCGAGGAACCCAACUAUUUGAGCUGCGCAGACGCCGCCCUGGAUAUUGGCUACGAAAAGAUCCAUGUGCACCCGGAGUACAAGGAGUUCUCGAACUAUAAGUACAACGACAUAGCCAUCAUCAGGUUGAAGCAUCCCGUAUCCUUCACCCACUUCGUCAUGCCCAUCUGUUUGCCCAACAAGUCGGAGCCCCUGACUUUGGCCGAGGGCCAGAUGUUCUCCGUUUCCGGUUGGGGUCGCACGGAUUUAUUCAACAAGUACUUCAUCAACAUCCACAGCCCCAUAAAACUGAAGCUCCGCAUCCCCUACGUGUCCAACGAGAACUGCACCAAGAUCCUCGAGGGCUUCGGGGUGCGACUGGGACCCAAGCAGAUCUGUGCCGGCGGGGAGUUCGCCAAGGACACCUGCGCGGGCGACUCCGGAGGACCUCUGAUGUACUUCGACCGGCAGCACUCGCGGUGGGUGGCCCACGGGGUGGUCAGCUACGGGUUCACCCAGUGCGGAAUGGCCGGCAAGCCGGCUGUCUACACCAACGUGGCCGAGUACACGGAUUGGAUCGAGAGUGUUUUGCAGCAGCAGCCGAGGAAAAAGAGCCAGGCACAGACGCAGCAGGCCCAGCUGCCUUGACGUCACCUCAGAUUUUUUCUGCUUUCGGGCGGGGACGAACAAUGGGCGCCUAAUUGAGGGGCAUGGCUCCGAUUCAGAUAUAUUUACCUCUACCAUAUUUGUACAUAUUUUGCUAAUUAUCUAACAGCCAUCAACUAUUUGGUUAAGCGUGUAUGUGAAUGAGUGCGGAAUGCGAGUUCUCGCUAACAAAAGUCUGAAAAACAUGUUUCUAUUUAAAUAAACUACUGAA